CACCCUUGUCUGCGUUCUGUAGUUUCUCGCUUCCCUCUAGAAGGCAACGGGUGACAGUUCUCUGUGGUUAUAGAUAUCAGCCAGCAAAGCAACACAAACAUGGCGUUCACAUUCGCGGCCUUUUGUUACAUGCUUGCGCUAUUGCUUACGGCCGCUCUCAUUUUCUUCGCUAUUUGGCAUAUCAUCGCAUUUGAUGAACUGAAGACUGAUUACAAGAAUCCCAUAGACCAAUGUAACACAUUAAAUCCGCUGGUACUCCCGGAGUAUCUCAUCCAUGUGUUCUUCUGCGUGAUGUUCCUGUGUGCUGCUGAGUGGCUCACCCUUGGCCUCAACAUGCCACUGCUGGCCUACCACGUCUGGAGGUAUACGAGCAGGCCGGUGAUGAGUGGUCCAGGCCUCUAUGAUCCAACUACGAUCAUGAACGCUGACGUCUUGGCCUACUGUCAAAAGGAGGGCUGGUGCAAACUGGCCUUCUACCUCCUCUCCUUCUUCUACUAUCUCUAUGGGAUGAUCUAUGUGUUGGUGAGCUCUUAGAGGGGAAAGAUCUGCAUGUAGGAGAUAAAACUGGUUUUAGUGGCCGCAGGAGAAGCUGAAGUGGGACCUGCUGCGAAGACCGACCACUCCAUGAUUCAAGAUGGCUGCCGUUUUCAAGAGACUGGAUUGACUCAACACCAACGCAGUGCAGAGCGCCAUUUAAUAAACGAAAACAUUUCUCCCUUUUUUAAAAAUGAAUAUUGUCGCAGCUGUCCUCUCGUUCAACAGUCAACACUAAAUGCUUUUUGAGAGGAAGAAUGACCGAACUCAGAAUCAUUAUUUUCCAUUAUCUAAUAAUCCCAACAGAUAUUUGUGCCGAUGUGCAUCGUCAGUUUAUAAUAUACAGACCACUCUGAAUCUAACACUUUAUUGACUAUUAGGAAAUGUGGAUGUGAAUUAGAUGCCAAGCUUUUAAAAUGUAUUUAA